CGUGUGACUGUGUCUGAGAGAGCGAGCGAGAGCGAGAGAGAGGAGAGCGCGAGAUGUUCAAUACACUGAUCCUCAGCAUCUAGUGUCUCGACAUUAUGCCGGGUGGGAGAAAUUCAAGAGUCAAUUAAACUCAUAAUCCGCAAAAACUGACACAAGGAUUAAACAGAACAGAAGAUAUUUGCUGGUUUGUGUUUCCCCUUCAGAUUCGCAGAGGACGCGUAGCUGCCUGAGAGUGGAUUGCCGGUCUGAAACUUCUUGAGGAUGCGAGCGCUGUGGAGGAUGAGCAAAGGACAGCAGCGCACAACGGGUUGGAGAGCAUCUGCCGCCUGUAGCCACUGACGGGAGGACCCUGCUCGCGAGGAGAACUGUCUCCAUUCUCCCUCUCUCUUUUCUGUCUCGCAGAGAUAAGCAGCUUCCCUCAGUCUCAGGGUUGAAACUGGAGACAUCCAAGGGGAAAAAAAAUAACGGAGCCAAAAAGGACGGGAAUUACUAAGGAAGCUAUCAAGGGAAUCUAAAGCGAGGACAUUUAAGAAAAAGUACACGCAUCUCAGGCUGUUUUUUGUUGUGUAUAGAUUUGGGUCGUGCGUUGCUUUCCUUCAGCCAGCCUGUGGAGUAUAGGAUCACAAAUAGCAUUUCAAGUGUUUCAGGUGCACACCUAAGACGACAGACCAUGCUGUCCACAGAAUCCCACUUCUUGUCUCUCGCCAUGCUGAUAAGACCUUUGGGUUACCUUGGCUCCCUCUCAGGCGAUGGAUGUUUCAUCUCUUUCCUCCAGGCUGGGCAUGCUGAACUGUUCUGUUUUUAUUUGAUCCCGCUGUGAGAAUUCUGCUGGUGCAGCGGUCUUCGCGUAACAACUAAGAAUUGAAAAGAAAAAAAUCACCCCACUGGCACCUGCAUUCAGAAGGGCUGACAGCUUUAAACGCCAAACCCUGAGGAGAAGGCCCUCGUGUAGAAAAGGAAAAAAACAUGGCCAAUGGGAAGAUCUCUUCUACAUGUGAGCCAUGACAGUAUGGUGGACUGUUUGAGUCGAGUCAUGCUGCACACAGCCGUGUCCUGCUGGCAGCCUUUGCUGGGGCUGGCCCUUGUGGCCAUGUUCAUGGGCUCCACACUGGCCUGCCCCUCCCGCUGCGAGUGCUCCGCCCAGAGCCGUUCUGUCAUCUGCCAUCGCAAGCGCUACACCGCCAUCCCUGACGGAAUACCUAUCGAGACACAAAUCCUUGAUCUCAGCAAGAAUCGAAUCCAAGCUGUCAACCCCGACGACUUUGCUGCCUAUCCGCACGUAGAAGAACUGGACCUGAGUGGAAAUAUCAUUGCAUACGUAGAGCCCGGGGCCUUCAACUCUCUCUACAGCCUUUACUCGUUGAGCUUAAAGAGCAAUCGCAUCAAACUGCUCUCGCUAGGCGUCUUCUCCGGACUCGCCAACCUGACUACAUUGGAUAUCAGUGACAACAAAGUUGUCAUUCUGGUGGACUACAUGUUUCAGGACAUGCGCAACCUCAGGUCGCUGGAGGUCGGAGACAACGAGCUGGUUUACAUCUCCCAUCGGGCCUUUAGCGGACUGUUAUCGCUGGAGACCUUGACGUUGGAGAGGUGCAACUUGACGGUGGUGCCUACAGAUGCCCUGUCGCACCUGCACAACCUGGUGAGCCUACAUAUGCGCUACCUCAGUAUCAGCACCCUCCACCCCUACUCCUUCAAAAAGCUGUUUCACCUCCGUCAUCUCGAGAUCAACCAUUGGCCAUCCCUAGAUGUGUUCCCCGCAAAUUCUCUGCACGGCCUCAACCUCACCACACUUACGGUUACCAACACCAACCUUUCCACCUUCCCCUACCAGGCUCUCCGCCACUUGCCUUACCUCACGCACCUCAACCUGUCCUACAGUCGCAUCCGUACAGUGGAGGGCGGUCUGCUCCAGGACCUGGUGCGAUUGCGCGAGCUGAGGUUGGCCGGAUCUCAAUUGGUGUCCAUCGAACCGUAUGCCUUCCAGGGCAUCCGCUGGCUCCGCUUGCUAAACGUCUCUCACAACCAUCUUGAUACCCUGGAGAGGGGAGUAUUUCAUGCUCCCGAGACCCUGGAGGUGUUGUUGAUCAACAACAACCCUCUGGUGUGCGACUGCCGUCUCAUGUGGUUGCUGCAGAGACGUCAUUCCAUUUCGUUCGGGGACACCCAGCCUGAGUGCAGCACACCGGAGGGCAUCCACGGACGCCCCUUCAAGGAGUUCAAAGAGACCCUGCUGUCCUACUACGUGACCUGCACCAAGCCGAAGAUCCGGGAGAAUCGGACGCAGAUGGUGUCGGUGGAAGAGGGACAGUCGGCCAGUUUGCACUGCAGUGCGGAGGGAACCCCACGACCCACCAUUUCCUGGGUCACACCGCGUCGGCGACACCUGACCAACAGGAGCCACGGCAGGGUGAUGGUCCACAUCAACGGCUCUUUGGAUAUCAAGGCGGCAGAGGUUCAGGAUGAUGGCGUGUACAUGUGCGUGGCAUCUAACACUGCAGGCAACGACACGCUAAUGGUAUCGCUGGCAGUGAAAAGCCUGGGCUCGUUGUAUGCCAACAGAACCCAGCAUUACACAGAUACGAGCAAUGCCACUGCCAACGGUACCAACCUUCCCAACGUGACCUUUGGCCUGGACCUAAAGACUAUCUUAGUUUCUACAGCCAUGGGCUGUUUCACAUUCCUAGGAGUGGUUCUCUUCUGUUUCCUGCUCCUGUUUGUGUGGAGUCGGGGGAAAGGCAAACAUAAAAACAACAUUGAUAUUGAAUACGUGCCACGCUCCAAGUCCAACGGGACCUCCGGUGAGGAGGCAGAACAAGGCGCUGGGCCACGGCGCUUUAACAUGAAAAUGAUUUGAGACAUUUAAGAUAAUAUCAGUGGGAGUUUACGCAGAUCUUUAUUUCAUUAAUGGAACCUGGGAUAGGACCCGCUCAAAUGAAUGCCAGGAAACUCAACAGCCCCUAAUAUUACGUCCGGAUUUCGGGCUUCGCAGGGGGAUAAUAUGUGUCAAUAACUAACAAUUUGUAUGAAACCCUCUUGGUGAAAAGGGGUUUCACCAACACUUCUGAAUUGUGUACAGAACGGAUUUGUAAAAUUCAAGUAUUACUCUUAUUUGCCGAGGCUCACACAUGCUUUCUCACCGUGAAAGUGACGGGGAAUCUGUUCUCUCCUUCAUCAUCCUGCAUAUAUGUACGUAAUGCUCAGUUAUGUAUGUGUAUGUUAACAUGUAUAAACACUUUCUUUUGUUGCUUUAUUCACGAAAUGCAGUGACCGCCAAAAUUUACAUCCCAUGAGUUGAAGGAAAUAUGACCAAGCCAUCGUCUCGCUACUCAAACUGUUUGAGGAUAGAGGACAAAGGGCUUUAGCGGGCGUGAAAUGUUACUCAGAAGAACGCGUGUGUCGUUUGUCUACCCCAAGUUAUUCUCCUGAGCUGAAGAAUAUUAUAUUUGUUUAUAACCUGAAAAAAAGAAGAGAGAUUAUUUAUUAACAAAUGGCCUUUAUGUUUAAACUCCAUAAUACAAAGGGGAGUAUUUUUUAAUUGUUGAAAUACAUGCAUUUUCUAUGAUUUUGUUGUAAGUAUGCACAUAAAUUUCAGCCGAUCAUCUGUUUUGGUUGUGCCCCUCCAUUCAAUGAUUCUAACCUCUUACUCGGUUGAGACUACAGAAUUUUGACCAUACCAUUAUUUUUUCCUUCCUAGUAGGAAAUUCUGACUUUGUUGUGGUAGUUUCUCAUUUUGUUGUUAAAUCAUUUAGAUUGUAAAAAGUUCAAAGUAAAAGAAAAAGUACAUGUAUGUGGAAUAAAGAAUAUUGAUUUGUAUUCUGAUUUUGCAUUUAUAUUCUGGAUGCUGAAUCGAACAUUAAAGGUAAAGUUCACCCAAAAAAUGACAAAUUUGUCAUAAUUUCACUCACCCUCGUGUCAUUUCAAACCUGUAUGACUUUUUUGUUAUGAAUAUACACUCACCUAAAGGAUUAUUAGGAACACCUGUUCAAUUUCUCAUUAAUGCAAUUAUCUAAUCAACCAAUCACAUGGCAGUUGCUUCAAUGCAUUUAGGGGUGUGGUCCUGGUCAAGACAAUCUCCUGAACUCCAAACUGAAUGUCAGAAUGGGAAAGAAAGGUGAUUUAAGCAAUUUUGAGCGUGGCAUGGUUGUUGGUGCCAGACGGGCCGGUCUGAGUAUUUCACAAUCUGCUCAGUUACUGGGAUUUUCACGCACAACCAUUUCUAGGGUUUACAAAGAAUGGUGUGAAAAGGGAAAAACAUCCAGUAUGCGGCAGUCCUGUGGGCGAAAAUGCCUUGUUGAUGCUAGAGGUCAGAGGAGAAUGGGCCGACUGAUUCAAGCUGAUAGAAGAGCAACUUUGACUGAAAUAACCACUCGUUACAACCGAGGUAUGCAGCAAAGCAUUUGUGAAGCCACAACACGCACAACCUUGAGGCAGAUGGGCUACAACAGCAGAAGACCCCACCGGGUACCACUCAUCUCCACUACAAAUAGGAAAAAGAGGCUACAAUUUGCACGAGCUCACCAAAAUUGGACAGUUGAAGACUGGAAAAAUGUUGCCUGGUCUGAUGAGUCUUGAGACAUUCAAAUGGUAGAGUCAGAAUUUGGCGUAAACAGAAUGAGAACAUGGAUCCAUCAUGCCUUGUUACCACUGUGCAGGCUGGUGGUGGUGGUGUAAUGGUGUGGGGGAUGUUUUCUUGGCACACUUUAGGCCCCUUAGUGCCAAUUGGGCAUCGUUUAAAUGCCACGGCCUACCUGAGCAUUGUUUCUGACCAUGUCCAUCCCUUUAUGACUACCAUGUACCCAUCCUCUAAUGGCUACUUCCAGCAGGAUAAUGCACCAUGUCACAAAGCUCGAAUCAUUUCAAAUUGGUUUCUUGAACAUGACAAUGAGUUCACUGUACUAGAAUGGCCCCCACAGUCACCAGAUCUCAACCCGAUAGAACAUCUUUGGGAUGUGGUGGAACGGGAGCUUCGUGCCCUGGAUGUGCAUCCCACAAAUCUCCAUCAACUGCAAGAUGCUAUCCUAUCAAUAUGGGCCAACAUUUCUAAAGAAUGCUUUCAGCACCUUGUUGAAUCAAUGCCACGUAGAAUUAAGGCAGUUCUGAAGGCGAAAGGGGGUCAAACACCGUAUUAGUAUGGUGUUCCUAAUAAUCCUUUAGGUGAGUGUAUUUUGAAGAAUUAUGGUAAAAAAUGGUACCCAGUGGUUUCUGUUGCAUAAACACAAAACCAAUGCAAAUCAAUGUGUCCUGCCAUUGUUCGGUUACUAACAUUCUUCAAAAUAUCUUU